AUGCACUCAAACAAUAAGGUGAAGAAGCCUCGCAGGAAGCCGAAACCAGCUGUGUCUGAAGUUUCAGCCGUAUUCACGCCUCCAACAACGCCACUCAGCACCGUUUCAACAACAUCCUCACAAAGUCCUUCUCCCAUUUCCAUACAAUCGCUUCUCCUGAUUCCAUUGGCGGGCCAUUUGGUUUCAGAUGAAGUAUUAGAUGUGGUGUCUCCGAGAAUCAUCAGCACUCCAAGAAUUCCUGCGGUAUACAGUCUUAAUAGCCCGUCAAAAUUGAUGGGCAUCUCACCGUUUGAGUAUGGGAUUCUUCACCACUUUGAAACUUGGGCGAAGGCCAAGACCAUAUUGUCUAAUGAAGCUCGUCUUCGGUUUGCAUGGGAAAAAGUGAUUCCCAGAUACUUGCUUGAACUGGAUAUUUUGAAAAUUUCGGUUUUCGCUUACUCAAGUAUGUUACUUUUACAAAAGCAUAAUCCUCAGUAUUUGCUAGGGGAAACCUCAUACUCAUCUAGUUUCAAUGAUGAACUGUUAACACUAUACGAGUUUGCAUUCACUAAUUUUGAGUCACAAAUCAAGCAAAUCAACAAGUUAAACAAUAAGAUCAAAGCUGGUGAACCUAUCAAUGAGUUAGAGGCAAUAUCAUUUGUCAUGGGCGCAACAAUAUUAAUGAGAGUAUUUGGAAGACAUUCACGAAGAACUAUGCCAUUGAUUUCGUUUGAUAGAUCGCAGCAAGACUUCCAAAGCUUGUGUCUGGAAAUGCGCAGAAGUCUCACUAUAUGUUGGCCAAUCUUAGAAAGAGAACAACAAGCAGCAUUGGUCCCAUUACAAGUGAAAAACAUAGACUGUCCAUUGUCACCUAUAAUCCGUCAACUACUAGAUGACUUGGACGCGCUGCCUCCAGAGCUACUCAAAGGUAAAAGAGAUCAUGAGGAAAUAAAUAUCAAGCUUGCCUUGCGAGAUGCUAUUCUCAUACUAAAUGCUCAAGUUCAGCAAUGUGUGGAGUUAUCAUCGGAGGUUCCUAUUCACCGCUUCCAGCAUCUUACCGAGGAGUCGUUCUGGUGUCAAGUGUACAAUGAAAACUACUUUGCUCUUAGAAUAUUGAAUUUGUAUUGCGCCCAUUUGUUGCUUCUCCAAUAUUACUUUGUGAGGGAACGUAAUAUGUGGAUCGAUUUCAUGAAAUGGUUUCAACAAGAUAACGUAUUCAAAUUUGGAGGGUUCUUCUAUGAUGGAGAUCAGAAGUUGUACGAAAAAGUGGUUCUUAACGGAUACACAGCAGGGUGUCGUGACUUGUGGAAGAUUCAUAUAGAUUGA